AUGGGCUCCCACAUGACAGGCGAGAAUGGCCAACUAGCCUUGCUCGAUAUCACAGUGGAAUUCACUGGAGGGUUAGAAAUGCUCUUUUCAAACCAGCGCAAACACAAGCUUUCCUUGCCUUCAUUAGACGUAACCGGUGCUCCGUCCAACAUCGCUUAUCUUAUCAAGUAUCUCUGCCAGAAUCUGAUGAAAGACGAGCGUAAGGAGCUGUUCGUCCUGGAUGACUCAGUACGUCCCGGUAUACUCGUGCUUAUCAAUGAUGCGGAUUGGGAGCUGGAGGGAGAAGAACAGUAUCGAAUACAACAAAAUGAUAAUAUUCUAUUUGUAUCGACCCUCCAUGGAGGGUAG